CUGUUUCUUGUGUGUGUCUCUUGUGUGCAGGCUGCGAGCUCCGAGCUCCAGGCUGGGGCUUAGGGCUCCGGGCAGCUCCAUGGGGGGUCCCGGUGGCCGGCGGGGUGGGGGUAAAGAGCGAAACGGGGCGGGCGGCGGAGCGGUCCGGGAUGGGACCGACCGACGCUGCCGGCACCUGGCCCUGGGGAAGCAAAAAAACCCACCACGCAAAGAGGGAAAGAAAUUGAAGAUUUGGGGCGGCGGUGGUAAAGAGGGUGGGGGGGUGGGGGGGGGGGUGGUGGAAGCGCAGCCACCAUUAUCCGUCCCCGCUCCGAAAGUCGCUUCCCCGCCUCCCUGCCGGAGCCGGAGCCGGAGCCCGAGCAGGCGGCGGGGCGAGGAGAGGCUGAGGAAGUGCGGGGUGGAAAAAAAAGAAAGAGAAACAGGCGGGCAGGGCUCGCCCGGCCGCCUCGGAGCGGCCAUCUCGGCUGGGAACGGGGCCGCAUCCAUGGAGUUACCGGGCGGGAGCUCCUGAAGAAGGGCCCGGCCGGUUCGGCCCCGGCAAUGACACCGGAUUGAGGCGGUGAGGGGGCUCUCCCGGCGGCCGGGGACUGCGGGAGCAUCCCCCGCCCCCCCUCCCCCCCCCCGCCUCCCCCCUCCCCGCCCGUAACCCGAGAGACAGCCUCAACUCUUGGAGGACACUCUCCUGGCAAAGAUGGAAGAAAAACGACGCAAGUACUCGAUCAGCAGUGAUAACUCGGACACCACUGACAGUCACACCACGUCCGCUUCCAGAUGCUCCAAAAUUCCAAAUACCAAAUCCACCUGGUCACGGCAGAAGGAGAAGAAGCCCUCUGAGGUUUUCCGUACGGAUCUGAUCACGGCCAUGAAGAUCCCUGACUCCUUCCAGCUGAGCCCUGACGAGUACUACGUCCUGGCUGAUCCCUGGAGGCAGGAGUGGGAGAAGGGUGUCCAGGUGCCAGCAAGUGCUGAGGCCAUCCCUGAGCCUGUGGUCAGGAUCAUACCCCAGCUGGAGAACUCACCUGCACAGGUUUCCCCGAGCAGCCCCCCUGGCUCUGAGAUUUCAGAAGCCACAAGGACUUACUUGCAAGGAGUGAGUCGCUAUGACCUGGAUGAGCUUGAUGCUUACUGGUUGGAACUUGUUAAUAUGGAGCUGAAGGAGAUGGAAAAACCUGAGCUGGAUGAGAUCACCCUGGAGAGAGUGCUGGAGGAGCUGGAGACCAUGUGCUACGAGAACAUGAACAUCGCCAUCGAAACGGAGGAGGGUUUGGGCAUCGAGUACGAUGAGGACGUGGUGUGCGACGUCUGCCGCUCGCCCGAGGGGGAGGAUGGCAACGAGAUGGUGUUCUGUGACAAGUGCAACGUCUGUGUGCACCAGGCAUGCUAUGGCAUCCUGAAGGUGCCCAUUGGGAGCUGGCUGUGCCGGACCUGUGCCCUCGGUGUCCAACCCAAGUGUCUGCUGUGUCCCAAGAGAGGAGGAGCGCUGAAGCCCACCCGGAGCGGGACAAAAUGGGUCCACGUUAGCUGUGCCUUAUGGAUACCUGAAGUUAGCAUUGGAUGUCCUGAAAAAAUGGAACCCAUUACGAAGAUCUCACAUAUCCCAGCAAGCAGAUGGGCUUUGUCCUGCAGCCUCUGCAAGGAGUGCACUGGGACGUGUAUUCAGUGCUCCAUGCCCGCCUGUGUCACCGCGUUCCACGUCACCUGCGCCUUCGACCACAACCUCGACAUGAGGACGAUUCUGGCAGACAACGACGAGGUGAAGUUCAAGUCCUUCUGCCUUGAGCACAGCACUGGUGCCACCAAGUUGCCCGAGGAGGCACGGACAGAGCCUGACCAGGCCCAGCUGGACUUGGAGAAGGUCACGCUGCGGAAGCAGAAGCUCCAGCAGCUGGAGGAGGACUUCUAUGAACUUGUGAAGCCUUCAGAGGUGGCUGAGAACCUUGACUUAAGUGAAUCCCUGGUGGAUUUUGUCUACCAGUACUGGAAGCUGAAGAGGAAAGCAAAUUCCAACAAACCACUGCUAACACCAAAAACAGAUGAAGUGGACAACUUAGCCCAGCAAGAACAGGACGUUCUCUACCGACGCUUAAAGCUCUUCAUGCACCUCAGGCAAGACCUGGAGAGGGUUAGAAAUCUCUGUUACAUGGUGACGAGACGGGAGAAAAUGAAACACACCAUUUGUAAACUCCAGGAGCAGAUCUUCCAUCUCCAAAUGAAGCUCAUUGAGAAAGAUCUUUACCCAGGCUUAUCAACUUCCUUCCCCAUCGAUGGGACCUUCUUCAACAGCUGGUUGGCACAGUCGGUCCAGAUCACAGCUGAGAACAUGGCCAUGAGCGAGUGGUCCCUCAACAACGCCCACCACGAGGACAGCACCCCCGGCCUCUCCGAGGAGCUCCUCCAGGACGAGGAGACCUUGCUGAGCUUCAUGAUGGACCAUUCCCUCAGGUCCCCGUUCAAGCAGAGCGAGGCCUCAAAGAAAACGAAAAACAAAACCAGAACGAACACAAGAAAAAAGCUGCCCAGGAGCAGCCCCGGGAACCACCCGGAGAGCUCGGAGCCGUGGACUAACAACGCCAGCGACUUCUCAGAUGACUCGGCCACCGCCAAACCCUUCGCUCCUGAUUCCAGGCCCAGCAAGUUGGAGAAAGGGGCAGCCAAGCUCCCCGCCGACCGCAAAGGGACGAGUGAGCCCAAAAAGGCGGCCAAGAAGGGCUCUGUCCCCAAAGCUGGGGAGCCUCACCCCCCUGCCGGGGCCCGGGGCUCCCUCAGCCAGGAGGAGGAGGAAGAGGAGGAGGAGGGGGAGACUCCACGUUGUGCCCAGACAGAGCCCAGCCCUGCGGCCCAAGUGCCUGACUCCCUCGGUAGCCCCAAAACCGCCGUGCGGUUCAAAUUACCAAAGGAGAGCCGAGGGACCCGGAGGUCGCAGCCCUCCAAGGCUGAGGGGGCCAAUGGAGCUCCCUUGAGGCGUUUCGAGGCCGAGACGGACGGGUACUUCUCCGAUGCAGAGAUGAGCGACUCGGACGGGGAGUCCCGCAGGGCCCAGCGGGGUCAGCUGGAGGCGGCCACCGGCGAGGACAUCGUCAGGAUGAGCAUCUUGGCGUCCUAACUCCUCCUCCCCCUGGGUUCAGACGAGGCCUCCCACCCAGUUCCAACUGCCAUGCCCAAAUUUCUGCCUGGUAUCAUAGCAGGGGGGGAUUUUUAAUAUGUGUAUAUAGUUGGAAAUUUGGCACUGUUGUCUUUUUUUUUUUUUUUUUCCUUACACGCCUGAGAUACAGCUUCAGCUUCACCGACGUCGAUGACCCUGAGAGCAGUGGUCCCUCCUCAGCUCCCCACCAGCCCCCGGGAACCUGAGCUGGCACCCAGUGGGAACAACACUGAGGGUGCCAAGAGGUUGGAGGGUGGUGGUACCUGUGCUUUCUGCAGGGAUGAGAGUUUAAUUAAUGGGCAUUAUUUAAACGAGGGGCAGAUUUCUGCCCUGGGAUGGUUGCCCCUGGAGCAGGGAGUGAGCGCGGGGGUAGGGGAGCAGCCAGCUGCACAUGUAUGAGGAGGCAAAUUAACUAAAUAAUGACUAAAGCACAAAAAGCUUGGUGGAGGAAAGCACGUGGGGUGGAGGAGAGCGACGCUAUGUUUCUAUUUUUAGGAAAAAAAAAAAAAAAAAAAGAAACAACAAACCCCUUGGUCAUGAUUUUUUUUCUCCUUACCUUUCUAUCUGGUUGGGGUCCGUCCAGGAGCCAGGAUGCAGAAUUCCUCCCCAUCCUUCCUCCUCCUGCAUUGAGGUAAUUAGAAAAAUCGAAGUGAUUUACUCAGGUGAAUUGAUCGGCUGUUCCCAAGCUGGGAAAUGGAAACAUGGGGCAGGAUGGGGAGGAGAGAAGCAUCCUUCAAAAACCAACAUUGGGGUUUGGGGGUUGGUUUAACCCAGGAGGUUGAGUGAAGUUUUUCUGCCCGUGCUUCUCUCCACUGGCUGGCAUGGUCCCACCCUGGGUCCCAGUUGAAAUCCCCUUUGCACAAUGAAACACUUGGCCCCGAGGGGAAAUGGAAAUGCUUGCCUUCACCAUUUUUUUUUCCUUCUAAACGCUACAAUGAAAAUGGUGAAUUUAUUCCUCCCCAUCCUUUUUUUUUUUUUUAAUGAUUAUUAAUUAUUAUUACUCCUUAAGUCCUGGUUACAAGACGUUGAGUCAUUGUGGGAGGGUGAUUCACAGAAGCUGACAUUAUUACAAUAAUUUAAUGCAUAAAAUGUCCCCAAUAAGCCUUAAAUGUUGUUUGAAAAAGCCCAUGUUACCUACAAGUCAGGCGAAUUUCCAUGUUUGCACUUAAUUGCACCAUUACUUCGGUUUUGGCUUCAAAGGUCACAGUUAAGUCGUGCUACGUGUUUUAUUGGAGUGACCCCAGUGUGAGCUCAGGGAACAAACAAACAAACAAACAAAAAAAAGGAAUUCACUGAAACUUUUGUUGUUGUUGUUUUUUAAAAAUAAAAAAUGUUUUAAAAAAAAAAAACUUUAAAAAAAAAAAAACAAAAAACAAAAAAAAAACCAAACCACAAAACCAUCAAACAGAAAAACCAAACCUGGGACACUUCUUCAACUGGUUAAACCCAUCACUAAACAACAAAACAAAACAAAAAACAACCUUGCAAUUGUCAAACCAGUCAGUCAAAUAAUUGUGUGGAUGCCAAAGAAUAAUUUUGACAGUCAAGCAGCACAGCCAGAAACCGGAAACUUCUCAUUCUGAAAAAGAAAAGUCUAAAAAUUGGAAGUUCUUUAGCAACAAAGGACUCAAGACACACUCAUACCACACUGCUGCGGCGUUAGGUUCCAAGCUUGCUCCGAGGGAUGCUGCUGCUCCGAGACUGCAUCCUGCCCUUUUGGUUUCCGAUGCUUUUUGCUCAUUUCACUGUGAGCUUUCCUUUGAAACUCUUGAGACUCCUUCCGAUUGAUGUUUUAGAGUAGAUCAUGUUUUUAUCAGCCUUCCAAAGUCCUUAUUCUUGGUAAAAUUGCAGCAAAGCUAAGCGGUGACAGCCCAGCUCAGCCCAGGUGCGGUGAGCGGCAGGGGCUUUGGGUGGGAUGCUCGGCGCCUGCACCCAUCCCUGGCUGAGCCCAACACCAACUCGGCCAAGACAGACCGUGCCUGGGGAGGAAUUGUUUCCCAUGGAAAAAAAAAAGAAAAAAGGAAAAAAAAAAAAGGACGCAAGUUAUUAGCAGGGAAAAAAGAAAAAAAAAAAACAAACCAACAGAAAAUCGACAAAACGAGAACCACCUUUGUUAUGAAUUAGCAUAAUCCUUUGAGGUUGAAAAUGAAAAAAUCAGCUCAUUAAGACUCAGAAUGUUCAGAUAAUGUUAAAUACAGUAAAUAGGACUUAGUUUAUCUUAUCAGGCUUGCUAGCUUUAGCUACAGUAUCCUAGUAUAAGAGUCAUAACAAUAAUCAAUAUGCUGCCUUUUAAUGAAUCUUGCUUCCGUGUGCUUCACUCAAUUAUGGUUAAAAAAAAACAAAAAAAAAAAAGCAAUCCACAAAUUUCACUGUACACAGCUCCAUUCAUCAGCUUCUGCACUACUUGUCUUCUCAGUACAGGAAAGCAAAAAGGGGGAAGACUUUAAAGAACAGCCAACCCGGAGCUGCCAGCACACGGCAGUAAAGUCUGAAACACUCCCAAAACUACCAAGUUUUGUCAUCAGGAGAGGGUGGGGAAGGCUCAAGGGGGCUGGUGGGGCAGCCAAGCUGGGGAGAAUAACAGGGAGAAGAGAAAAGGGGCUCUCAUGAGGCAUGGGGGCUGAGCAAGGGCUGGAGGGACUGGAGCAUCCCUUGCCCAGAGCAUCCUCAGAGCCAGGGAGCCUGGUGUUAGGGAGAGAAAAAAAGAAAAUGCACAAGGCAGAUAUUUUUGAUGUUACUGUAAAUGUAUUUUGAAAUUAAUAGAAAGAAAAGGGGUUUAUUUUAGUAGAGAAAUGUUGUCUUUUAAGAUGUAUAACUGCAGGAAUCAACGUUUGCACUGUAAGAGCCCCUGUCUCCUUGGAGAAGCAGCAGCCGGUGUAGGUAGAUGAGGAUGCAGGUAGCAUCAUGGCCUGAUCAUGGAGCAGAGCCCCACCAGCACCCCCAGCUCCUGAGGACAACUCCCCACCCACCCAGUUCUUAAUUUAUUUUUUUUAUUUUAAUAUCUUUUGGGGUUUUUUCACUUGCACCUGUUUUAGGGGGGGUUUGUAUGCCUGCUGCCCCCAGAGCUCACUCUGAGGGAAGAUGCUGCUGCUGGGCAAGGUUUGAGGUUUGGUUGUUCUUUAAGGAAAUUUCCCCCCCCGAGUUUGCACCAUUCCACAUGCAAAACAGACCCACUUCACAUCAGUUACAGGAAACGAUAUGAAUGUCACAGGAGGAGAAACCCUUCUGUUUUCUUUGUUUCAAAGAACGUGAUGUGCCAUUUGUUAAUA